AUGGACCUGAUCACCAGCACACUUCAAAAUGAUCAAAUCGAUGAUAAAUGGGAUAUAUUUGACGAACCCCCAGAAUUAUCGGAUGAAAGCCCAGAUGAAGAAGACGAGAAAUGGAAAACAUUAGAAAGGUUUACCAAACUUUUAAUAUACAUCAUCACAUUUUUGAUGGUUUUAUUUGGUUCUGUAAUAUCAAAAGCAACAUUACUCUUUGUAACUGCUCAAAUUAGCCGUAAAUCUAAGCAAUAUUGCAAAGAAAAUGUCGGCAGUGAAGGAGAAUUUAUGGUCGAACUCCCAGAAGAAGAAAUUGUAGCUUGGAUGUGGAUUUUGAUUUUUAUUUAUUUCGUACCUCAAUUAGCGACGUUUUUAAGAUCAUGGAGAAUUUUGUUAUUUAAAAAAUGGAAAACGCCUGGUAUCCUUGAAUUUGUCUCCGUUUUCUUGGGGGAAUCUUCAUCAACUAUCGGCAAUUCGAUUUUGGUGUUUUACGUUUUACCUAGAUCGGAUUUUACAAACGACGAUUCUUACAAUUUAGUAAUUACUAAUAGUUACUUGACACCAAUUUGGGUUCUAACCUUAAGCAUAAUUGCAACUUAUUUAACAUACAUUUUUGGAAAAUUUGCUUGUAAAAUUAAUAUUCAACGAAUAUCUUAUGCGGCGCCAUUGCAUUUAUCAGGAGUUGUAACAGUUCUAGGAAUUUUAGUGCUCUCUAUCGAAUACACCAAUAAUAAUAAUUGUGCUUACUCCAGCAUAAUUCCUUCAUAUUUAUUUUUUAAUGAUAGUAUUAACUACGAAGUAGAAGAUAUCUGGCUAAUAUUUAUGGGACUAUUAUUAUUGGUAUCAUUCAUUUUGGUAACAUUUCAUAUACGAGCUCCUCAAAAUGAAUCGUUAGCUUCCACUGAAAAGUUAUAUGUUAGACCAUAUUACGAACCAUUCUUUAUUGACCAAGAUUUAGCAUUGAAUAGAAGACGUAACGAUGAGUUUGACUAUCGUAAAGAUAAAGAAACAUUUUCAAACGACACAGAAAACGUAGAACCUAUGUUGUACGUUUGUGGCACGAUGUGGCACGAAACUAAAGAAGAAAUGAUAACUUUCCUUAAAUCGAUUGUGUAUCUCGAUGAAGAUCAUUGCUUAAGACGAAUUGGAAAGAAUUAUGUUAAAUCUAUCAAUUACUACAAAUUAGAAAGUCAUAUUGUUUUUGACCAUGCUUUUACAAAAACAUCGCAAGGAAAUCAACAAGCACAAAUGAAUGAUUUUGUGAAAGACUUAAUUAAUAGCGUAAAAGAAGUUGUUGCUAUGGUUCAUAAAUGUAAUAUUAAGUUAAAAGAACCAAUCAAAUACGUUACUCCUUAUGGUGGUAAACUAGAAUGGGUUUUACCCGGUAAAACAAAAUUGAUUGCUCAUUUAAAAGAUAAUGACAAAAUAAGAUCGAAGAAAAGAUGGUCACAAGUUAUGUAUUUAUAUUACAUAUUAGGUCAUCGCAUUAUGGGAAGGAACGACUUAAACAACAUCCAAAAAGAAUUGGAAGCUGAAAAUACGUUUAUUUUAUCGGUUGACGGUGAUAUACGUUUCAGGCCAAAAGCUGUUCACAUGUUAUUAGAAUACAUGAAACGAGAUAAAACUUUAGCAGCGGCUUGCGGAAGAGUUCACCCAGUUGGAAAGGGAAUAUUUUCUUGGUAUCAAAAGUUUGAAUACGCAAUCAGUCAUUGGAUGUACAAAGCAUCCGAAAAUGUUGUCGGUUGCAUUCUCUGCUGUCCAGGAUGUUUUACAAUCUUUAGAGCUACUGCUGUUAUGUCAAUCAUAAAAAAAUUAACAACAAAGUCUACUAAAGCAGUUCACUUUAUCAAAUUCGAUCACGGUGAAGAUAGAUGGAUAUCAACAUUAUUAGUAUUGUGUGGAUUUAAAGUUGGAUAUGUAGCAUCUUCCGAUGCUUAUACGAACUGUCCUGAAGGUUUUCGAGAAUUAUUUAACCAACGAAGAAGAUGGAUACCAUCAACAACAGCUAACAUACUCGAUUUAUUAUCACGAACAAUUUCCUGGGGUACACGAGAAAUAAAUAAAGAGUCAAUAACUGAAGAAGUAACAGAAAAAUCUUGGAUUAAUGAUAACGAUUUGAGACAUGGUAGUAUUGGAAAUAUUUCCGAAGAAGAAAAUGUGUUUUGGGUGAAAUUGCUCAAUAAAUAUCUUUAUCCACUUGAUGACGCUAAAAAUAAAAGUAGAAUGAUAGACGACUUGAAAGAUCUUCGGGAAAAAGUUAUAAGCAGUCUAAUUAUUGUAAAUGAGUGGAGAGAAGAACUGGUGAUGUAA